AUGGCGAAAGUUCUACUGGCUCUCGCAGCUGCGCAGGGCGCCUUCGCCUAUCCAUGGGUUGCCAAUGUACCAGGCGUCGAUUCUUCGAUGCUUCCAAAACGCUCUGCUCGCAUGCAGAUGCCGAGAGACUCACCGGAUUGCCCGUUCAAUGCCAAUCAUGUCCCAGCUGCUCCGAUUACUGCUCAGUAUCCUUACCUGGGCGCUAUCAAUGGAAAGCCUGGUACUGGUAAGGGCGGUAUCUUGGUGCCUGCUCCUGGAGAUACAGCACAUGAGUACCGUGCUCCCAACCCGAAGACAGAUAUUCGAGGUCCUUGUCCUGGUUUGAACGCAGCAGCCAAUCAUGGAUUCCUUGCUCGUGAUGGUAUCACAACCUACAACGAACUCGUUGAUGCGCAGCAGAACUUGUAUAAUGUCGGGUAUGAUCUGGCCAAUCUCCUUGCCAUCGCUGGCGUUGGACUCGAUGGCGACCUCAUCGGGACCACCAAGUUGUCCAUUGGAUGUGAUGCCAAUUCACGUACGGUGACUCCUGGUAAUGUGCUUGCGGAUGAACUUGGCCUCAAUGGACACAACCAUUUCGAGGCAGAUACUUCUUUGACGAGGAACGAUUACUUCUUGGCCAAUGGCGACAACUAUCGAUGGAACGCCACUUUGUUCACUCAGAUGAUGAGCUACUGCCAAGGCAACUGCAACCUCGAACACUUGGCAUUGUAUCGAGAGUUGCGAUACAACCAGUCGAAGGCUGACAAUGGCAAUUUCUUCUUCGGACCUGGUUCCUUGUUGCUUUACGGCGCUGCGUCUUUCUUAUACGAGCUCAUGCCAACCGCAGGCGGUACUGCUGAUGAAGCUACAAUGAUGUCGUUCUUCGGUGCUGACAAGGUUAAUGGACAAUACGUCUGGAACGGAGGCGAGCGUAUCCCGCCUAACUGGCGCAAUCGCGUUGACUCCUACGACAACAACAAGGUCGGCUCUCAGAUCAUCAGGAUGUAUGCACUUCAUCCAGUACCUUUCGGCGGCAACAUUGGUCGCAACAAUUUCAAUGGCUUGAACUUCAGCACCUAUAUCCAGGAUGGAAAGUUCAAUCCGGAUACACCAGCCGAUGCAAUGUGCUUGAUCUACCAAGCACUUACUGGUGGCUUUCCUUCUGAACUGGGACAGGUUAUCAACAUUCCAGUCGACAUUUCUAACGCUAUAACUUCGGGCUUAUUGCCUAUGGCGAAGAAUCUUGGUUGCCCGCUCAAUCAUAACUCGGGUGACAGCGCUUCUGGUGCAGCAUGA